UGGGAUGCCAUAUAAAAAUCACUUCAACCAGUCGCCACUCCUUGUUUCCUGAGUCGUCCUGUGCUGGAGGUCUGCCCAAAUGAAGGUCUUCAUGGCUUUAGAAGUCUUGAUGCUCCUCGCUGUCUUGAUUUGGACUGGUGCUGAGAACCUCCAUGUGAAAAUAAAUUGCUCUCUGGACUGGUUGAUGGUCUCAGUUAUCCCACUUGCAGAAAGCAGAAAUCUGUAUAUAUUUGCGGAUGAAUUACAUCUGGGAAUGGGCUGCCCUGCAAAUCGGAUACAUACAUAUGUAUAUGAGUUUAUAUAUCUUGUUCAUGAUUGUGGCAUCAGGACAAAGGUAGUUUCUGAGGAAACUCUCCUUUUUCAAACCGAGCUGUACUUUACCCCAAGGAAUAUAGAUCAUGACCCUGAGGAAAUCCAUUUGGAGUGUUCCGCCUCUAGGAAAUCAGUGUGGCUUACACCAGUUUCUACUGAGAAUGAAAUAAAAUUGGAUCCUAGUCCUUUUAUUGCUGACUUUCAGACAACAGCAGAAGAGCUAGGAUUAUUAUCUUCUAGUCAAACUUGCUCUGAGCUAAAGGAGAAAUGGAAACUUGAAGCUGGUAUUAUGUAUUUUGCAGGAAAACAGUUUCAUUUUUUCAUAGCAAAAAUAUAGUUGGUGUAUAUCUCUCCUUAAGUCUCUGGUUUCUAAAAACCCUACUUCAGUAAAGGUCCUGAUUAGUUGGUUAGUGAAUGUGUUAUUUCUAAAUAUUUGUAUUCAGUAGGGGUAUGGCUGAUUAAUUUAACGUUAACUAUUAGGUAAUUCAUAUUAUACAUUUAAGUUCUUUCUGUUCUGUGUAGAAGGUUCAGAAAUAUGUCUUCAAAGACAAUGACUUGAUCUAAUUGAUAAGAACCUCCAAUAAAUAUGUUCUAAUAUUUUUCAGGAAGGAUAAAGAAUAGAGAGAGACAUAUAAAUGUACAAGAGGCAAAACUUUGAGCAUAGUGUAAAAUUUAACAUAUUAACUCUCACGAAAGGCGAAAUCCUUUUAUGUGCAGGUACUUUAAUUCAUGUAGACUUUCUUAUUAAUCAGUAAAGUUGAAUCCUAACAAUAAUGCCAUGUGACAACCUAUUUAGAUUAUUCCAGAAUUAAAUUCAAUUUAUUUUCUAGAGCUCAAGUAACCAAUACCUUAACUGAAAUUUGAUGUUAGGUUUCCCUUGUUCCUCCGAAUGGUUCUUCCACACUCAAAAUAGUUGAAUGGUUGAGUUGGUUAAGCAAAGAGUUAUCCUGCCACCUAAGAGCAUUCAUUAAAUGAUUAUUUAUUAACACCUACUUUAUACUGUCUUCCUUUCUUUAAACAGGGAGUCUAAAUAUGUAAUAUAUCAAAAAGUACUUCUGAUUUGGUAGAUUUCUUAUAUCAAGGGUGAGAAUUGAACUGUGCCAUUGGCUAUUCAAUAGCUUAUUGAAUGUAUGUUUUGGAUGCUACAUCCUCCUGGAAGCAAAUUUUGCCAAGAUACUGUUUAUUAUUAUUUUUAAUCAAAGUGAUCCUAUUCCAUUUUCAAUUAAAUGCCAUCUAUAGCUGUUUACUUGUCAAAUAAAGAAUUUGACCCUGUCAUAGUGAACAUCUGUCUUUACCAGUUAAUAUGCAGCUAAGAGGUAAUACUUCAAUGGGACUUCCUAAGGGUCAGAAUAUGGUACAAGUACAUUGCAAUAAAUUAUUUAAUCUUCUUAAAGAGUGAAAUAUAUCACGAUUAUCCCAAUUUUACAGAUAAGCAAACAAACAGAGGUUAAAUCAUUUGCCUGAGUCACAUAACUUGUUGGUGUUGGUUCAAGAUUUAAAAUCGGGCAAUCUGCCUUUAGAUCUGUCUCUAUGCUCUCUCUUUGUAUAUUAGCCACUAUACUCUACUGCUUGGAAUCAUCUUAAGUUGCUGAACUUUAGUUCUCUAGAAAACAAUUGCUAUUCAAGCAGUUAUACAACUCUCAAUAAAACUUAAAGUUGAGCAAUAGUGUUUCUCUUGAAUAUAGAAGUAAAAUUAUUUUAUAUAAACCGAUUUGAGAGAAUAUUGGGCAGGUGAAUGGUUGCUGAAAACAAAGUAAAUUAUUGAGUGUGAGAUAAUACAUAUGUACAAGAUAGAGUGAUGUGGCUGGAUUUUAGAAGGGUGGCUCUAAAACCUCUUCAUUUUUUUCUUUUUUUAAAAAAUUAUGAUUUACACAUAAUAGUAUCUAUCAGUGAUGUUUCAAUACAUAUAUAAAUCACGUAAUGAGUACUUAGCAUAUCUGUCACCUUAAACAUUAUUUCUUUUAAUGAGAACAUUCAAAAACUUCUCUUCUAGCCAUUUUGAAAUAUGCAAUACAUUAUUCCUAACUUUCAUCAUCCUACUAUGCAGUAAAACACCAGAACUUAUUCCUCCUAACUUUAGCUUUGUUGACCAAUCCCUCGGCAUCCCUCCUCCUCCCCUCCCCUCCCCUCCCCGCCCCUCCUCAUCUUCUGGUAACCACUAUUCUACUUAUUCCACAUAUGAGUGAGAUCAUGUGGUACUUCACUUUAGUCAGAUAGCUACUAUAAAAAAUCAAAAGAUAAGUGUUGGCAAAGAUGUAGAAAAGAAGGAAUCCUUACAUACUGUUGGUGGGAACGUAAGUUAGUACAACCACUAUGGAAAACUUUAUGGAGGUUCCUCAAAAAAUUAAAAAUAGAACUAUCGUAUGCUCCAGCAAUCCCAUUAUUGGGUAUAUAUCUAAAGGAAAUGAAAUCAGUAUGUCAAAGAGACAUCUGUUCUCCCAUGUCCACUGCAGCACUCUUCGCAAUGGCCAAGAUAUGGAGUCAACCCAAGCAUCCAGCAACAAACAAAAUGUGGUGUACAUAUACAAGGAGUACUACCAUUUAGCCCUUAAAAAGGAUAAAAUCCUGCCAUUUCAUUUUUUAGGUGAUGCCAGUUAGGCUCAGAAAGAGGAAGUAAUUUGUCUUAAAUUCACAUAAACAUUUAAGAAUGAAGCCAGGCUGGGCGCGGUGGCUCAUGCCUGUAAUCCCAGCACUUUGGUAAACCGAGGCGGGUGGCUCACCCUGAGGUCAGGAGUUUAAGACCCGUCUGGCUAACACGGUGAAACCCCGACUCUACUAAAAAUACAAAAAUUAGCUGGGCAUGGUGGUGGGCACCUGUAAUCCCAGCUAUUUGGGAGGCAAAGGCAGGAGAAUCGCUUAAAUCCGGGAGGCGCAUGUUGUAGUGAGCCAAGAUCCCACCAUUGUACUCCAGUCUGGGUGACAAGCAAAACUC